AGCCGACUGGUCAAAAAAAAAAAAUCACAAAAAACUGAAUUUCAAAAAGUAAUGACUUUCAUAGAAAAUUUUUUAUUCCUGAGUAUUUGGCUCUUACGAAUCAAAGGUUAGAGAAAAUUUGCGUUUUAAAAUUUUAUUCAUACAAAACUAUACAAAUCUGUACUAUUAUAAAGUGAGAAAGUGGUUUGUAUGUAACAGUCUCCUCUUGGAAGUUCUACUUGGACUAUGCAGCCUUCUGUUCUUUCUUAAGAAUUUUAAUAAUACGUAAACCACUGGAGAUGUCAAAUGCAAAACUGACAGAUGAACUGAGCAAGUAUAGGUGGACAAAAAUUAUCGAAACAUUGUCCCAAAAAAACCAUGUUUAUAUUGAUAGAAAUAAACAUACUGAGAGUACUUAUGAUUAUUUGUCGGAUUCAAUGUCAUUAUUUUCUGACCAAAAUUACAAGAAUAAAGAAUUAACACACCAAAAUUAUAAUUUUCAACAAAAAGUAUUCAUUCAAAAUGAAGAUGGAGUACCUUAUUACGAAGAAAAUUGGGAUAAAAAGCACUCCAAGGAUGAGGUUUUUAACAAAUGGGUUAAUGAAAACACAGACAAAGUUUCAAAUGGUAAAAGUAAAUUAUUGUUGAAUGAAGACAAAAAAAAAAUUUUUAAUUUUAAUGAACAAGAUUUGAACCUGGACAAUCAAGAAAUAUACUUGUUCGAACCACUAAAGUCUAGGAUUGGUUGUGAGAGAGUUGUUAAGAGAUUAGACCCACAGACGACAACUCAUCAUGCUCCAUUGGAAAAUGUAUCAACUCCAAGCAUAAAUAAACCGUUGGAGGAACAGGUGUCGGAAAUGUUAACUAUAUUCUAUGGCAAAGAUGGAAAAGGAAAUGUUUCAGAAAAGGAUGAUCGUCUAUUUGUCGAAACUCUACUUCAACUCUUAGCAAAUAUUGUACAAAAUGAAAAUAAAAUUUACGGUUGAUUAAAUAAAUUUAAACAUAUUCCAGUUAACGUAAAGAAGCUUUAUAGAAGAAGCUAGAUAAUAAAGAAGCU